AGAUUUGGGAAGUAGAGGAAAGGCAUCUCAGGCAAAGGCACAGACCAGGGAAGUUCAAGGUUCAAAAAAGGGGGCCUCUGGGAGUGGGAGGACAGGGAGCAGGUCGUUAAAACAGGUGCCAGCCAGUUCACGGCUGGAGUUUGAACUUGACCAUGAAAACAAUGGGGAGCCACAGAAGGGUUUGCCUGGGUUAUUGUCUAUCUCACUGGACUCUCCCCACAUCUCCGGGAGGCCAGUAUGCGAUCUUCAUCUACAGCUGGAAACACUGAGGCUCAAAGAGGCGAAGUCAUUCGCCCAAGAACAGACCAUCAGGAAAAUGUCAGAGAGAGGAUUUGAAAUCGAGCAUCAUGUAACCCCUUAAGCCGGAAGAUGAACGCAGCAGAGCUUUGCGUGUCCACAUAAGGCUGUUCGGGAAGGAGGAAGGGAACAGAGGUGAGAUCCUGCAGGGACCAGACACCGGGCCCACCGCCCUAUCCGAGAACGGUCUCCUGACGCUGGGCCUGGGCGACGCCAUGUUGGUGUGCUGAGAUCCCGCCCUGGCCACAGCUGAUUGGCCCAGGUGUGGACCACCUGACUCGAGGUAAGCCAAUCAGAUUCCCCUAUCCCCCGGCGCCCCUGAGUUUUUUUUUUGAUGCCGGAAGGUGCCCAGGAGCCUGGCUCAGGAGGGAGAGACUUGCGCGUCCGGGUUCUGCCUCCGUGCCGGGCUGUGUGUCCUCACGAAACUUCUUGAACCUCCCCCCACUUCAGUGUCCUUCUCUGGAAGUCGGAGAAAUGAAAACAGCACUGUCUUCCACGGCUACUGUGGGAUACCGUGGAAUCGGGUGGCGAAGCUUUUUGCCCAAGGCCUGGCACGCGGGAACCCCUGGGCAGAUGGCAGCCGGCUCUGCUGGUUGUGUGAACAGAGGGAGGGGCCUCGCGGCUGUGCAGAGGCCACCUGCUGCCUCGUGUGUGAGGAGGAAGAGGAAGACGGAGAAGGAGCCAGAGAGAGAGACACCGUAGGGGCUCUUGACGGCGUUCCAGAACUUGAAUCCAACUGAUAAGAGCCUUGGCUGCCCUCCCUGUCCUGAGGUCCCAGGAAAGACUCCGUGGUUCCUGCCGCCCUGACUCGGGCCCAGGUUGGCAUAAAUGGGUUUCUGUUAUUUGCAGUCAAAACCAAACCCAGACAUGGGCGCCUGGGUGGCUCAGAUGGUUAAGCGUCUGCCUUCGGCCCAGGUCAUGAUCCCAGGGUCCUGGGAUCGAGUCCCGCAUCGGGCUUCCCGCUCCAUGGGAGCCUGCUUCUCCCUCUGUUUCUCUCUGUCUCUCAUGAAUAAAUAAAUAAAAUCUUAAAAAAACAAAAACCAAACCCAGACAAAGCAAUACAAAACACCAUCCAAAACAACAGACACCUUGAUUGGGACAUUUUGGCAAAAUGAAGCCCCCUUGGAAUCCACCGGGACAGCCUUUGAACUGGAUGCCAGGAAAUUCCUGCCGCAGGCUUGGUUACCACAUGAAGAAACCGGUCCAAGCGUAUUGUGGGGCAGUCGCUGAGGCUCCUGAGAGGCCUCACCUCCCAAGGAACACGCAUGUGAUCUGCCACCCCGCAUGCCACACCCACACGUCCUGCUCCAGAUGGGCAGGCUCCUGGCAAGUUCCACGUUCAACUCAGGAACUUGUUGAACAGGUGCUUUGAGGUGGGAGAGUCCCCUGUCCAUUGGGCUCUACCCAUCCAGGCCCAGGCCGGAGAACGUGUGAGAGGGGAGUAGGCUGGGCCGUCGUGAUUUCCCGAGUUACACGCCCAGAUGAGUGCCUAACAUCCAUCACCUCUUCAACCAUCGGGUUGGAAGGAGGCCAUCAUCUGCACGGAUAGCGGAAAGGAUUGAAGCUCGGAUAUGGCUGGCUUCUUGCUCAAGGUUAUCCGGUCACUACAUGUGGGAGCCAGAGAUUUUUGUUUUGUUUUUUGUUUUUUUAAAGAUUUUUAAAUUUUUAUUUAUUUGACAGAGAGACAGAGAGAGAAGGAACACAAGCAGAGGGAGAGGGAGAGGGAGAAGCAGGCUUCCCGCAGAGCAGGGAGCCCGAUGCGGGGCUCGAUCCCAGGACCCUGGGAUCAUGACCUGAGCCGAAGGCAGGCGCUUAACGACUGAGCCACCCAGGCGCCCCUGUUUUGUUUUGUUUUGUUUUACAUGAAAUCAGCAAGAUUGAUCAUUAACACCUUCACAUAUAAACAAGGUGUAGAAAAGUGGUAUAAAGAACCUCUUGGGACUCACCAGCCAACUACCGUCUAUACCCUCAACUUUUUUUUGCCAAGGCGGAGACUGCAGUAUUUUAAAGUAAAUCCUGGACAUCCUAUAGCUCACCUAGGAAGGUUCCAGAAUGCUUCACUAACGGAUGAGAAUUUUUUUUUUUUUUUAAACAUCACCAUGUGCUCAUUGUCACAAGACCACUAGUUGGGAAAGUUGGUGUUGGAACCACCACCCCAUGUGUCCUGGGAGGAGGCAGACAGUCCCAGCCAAGUCCUGUUCUUCCAAGAUUGGUGGGCAGUGUGAAUUGAAAGCCAUCGAAAAAGAGAAAACAGUUGCAGCUCUGUCACCCAAGGAGGCAAGCAAAUGCCACAAAGAAGAUUUGGCCAAAGCAUUUUAUGUGGACUUAGAAAAUGGGCUGUCUGAGUUCUCAGUGUCACAACGGAGACAGGUCCAUGGCUGGAAUGAAUUUGUCGCUGAUAACACGGAACCCGUGUGGAAGAAAUAUCUUGAUCAGUUUAAGAACCCCUUGAUCCUGCUGCUCCUGGCCUCCGCCCUGGUGAGCAUCCUCACGAAGGAGUAUGAGGAUGCCGUCAGUAUCGCCAUGGCCGUGCUGAUCGUGGUCACUGUCGCCUUCAUCCAGGAAUACAGGUCGGAGAAAUCACUAGAAGAGCUAAGCAAGCUGGUUCCUCCCGAAUGUAACUGCAUAAGAGAAGGAAAGCUCCAGCAUCUGCUUGCACGAGACCUGGUUCCCGGAGACAUUGUGUCUCUUUCGAUCGGAGACCGGAUCCCUGCAGACAUCCGUCUCACUGAGGUCACGGACCUCCUGGUGGACGAGUCCAGCUUCACAGGAGAAGCCGAGCCAUGCAGUAAGACGGACAGCCCGCUGACGGGUGGAGGGGACCUCACCACUCUGAGCAACAUUGUCUUCAUGGGGACCCUGGUGCAGUGUGGGAAGGGGCAGGGAGUCGUGAUUGGAACAGGGGAAAGGUCCCAGUUCGGAGAAGUGUUCAAGAUGAUGCAGGCUGAAGAGACGCCUAAAACCCCACUACAAAAAAGCAUGGACAAGCUAGGGAAGCAGCUGACACUUUUCUCCUUUGGCAUCAUUGGCUUGAUCAUGUUCACUGGCUGGCUGCAAGGGAAGCAGCUCCUCAGCAUGUUCACGAUCGGGGUCAGCCUGGCUGUGGCUGCCAUUCCCGAGGGUCUGCCUAUCGUCGUCACGGUUACGCUGGUCCUGGGAGUGCUGCGGAUGGCCAAGAAGCGCGUCAUCGUGAAGAAGUUACCAAUCGUGGAGACCUUAGGUUGCUGCAGUGUCAUCUGUUCGGAUAAGACAGGGACGCUGACCGCCAAUGAGAUGACCGUCACCCAGCUGGUGACGUCCGAUGGGCUCCAUGCUGAGGUCAGCGGAGUGGGGUAUAACGGCAAAGGGACCGUCUGUCUGUUACCCUCAAAGGAAGUCAUUAAGGAGUUCAGCAACGUCUCAGUGGGGAAAUUAGUAGAGGCAGGCUGUGUGGCCAACAACGCCAUCAUCAGAAAAAACGCCGUGAUGGGACAGCCCACGGAAGGUGCGUUGAUCGCCCUGGCCAUGAAGAUGGACUUAAGUGAUAUUAAAGAUUCGUACGUGAGAAAAAAAGAGAUUCCAUUCAGUUCGGAGCAGAAAUGGAUGGCAGUAAAAUGCAGCCCCAAGAACGAGGACCAGGAAGACAUUUACUUCAUGAAGGGGGCCUUUGAAGAAGUGAUUAAUUACUGUACCAUGUACAACUCCGGAGGCAUCCCCCUUCCACUGACCCCCCAGCAGAGAUCCUUCUGCCAGCAGGAGGAGAGGAGGAUGGGGUCGCUUGGCCUGCGUGUGCUGGCCCUGGCCUCUGGGCCCGAGCUGGGGAGGCUGACUUUCCUGGGGCUCGUCGGGAUCAUCGACCCUCCGAGGACUGGAGUGAAGGAAGCGGUGCAGGUGCUCUGUCAGUCGGGCGUGUCGGUGAAGAUGAUAACGGGCGAUGGCCUGGAGACCGCCUCCGCCAUAGGAAGGAACAUUGGCCUUUGCAACGGGAAGCUGAGAGCCAUGUCCGGGGAAGAGGUGGACAGUAUGGAGCAGGAAGAGCUGACUGACCACGUCAGAAAGGUAUCUGUCUUCUUCAGGACCAGCCCAAAGCACAAGCUCAAAAUCAUAAAGGCUUUGCAGGAAUGGGGGGCGAUCGUGGCCAUGACAGGGGACGGGGUGAACGAUGCGGUCGCCCUGAAGUCCGCGGACAUCGGGAUUGCCAUGGGGCAGACGGGGACAGACGUUAGCAAAGAGGCUGCCAACAUGAUCCUCGUGGACGAUGACUUCUCAGCCAUCAUGAAUGCGGUGGAGGAAGGCAAGGGGAUUUUUCAUAACAUCAAAAACUUCGUCCGGUUUCAGCUGAGCACGAGCAUCUCCGCCUUGAGCCUCAUCACUCUGUCCACUGUGUGCAACCUGCCCAGCCCCCUCAACGCCAUGCAGAUCCUGUGGAUCAACAUCAUCAUGGACGGGCCACCAGCACAGAGCUUGGGGGUAGAGCCGGUGGACAGAGACACCCUCCAGCAGCCCCCACGGAACGUCAAGGACACCAUCCUCGGUAGAGCCCUCAUCCUCAAGAUCCUCCUGUCGGCUGCCGUCAUCAUCAGCGGGACCCUCUUUAUCUUCUGGAAAGAGAUCCCCGCGGACAGGGCCAGCACCCCACGCACCACGACCAUGACCUUCACCUGCUUUGUGUUCUUCGACCUCUUCAAUGCCUUGACCUGCCGCGCUCAGACCAAGUUGAUAUUUGAGAUCGGUUUUCUCCGGAACCCCAUGUUCCUGUACUCGGUGCUGGGGUCAAUUCUGGGGCAGCUGGCCGUGAUUUACAUCCCGCCCCUGCAGAAGGUCUUCCAGACGGAGAACCUGGGCGCACUGGAUUUGUUGCUUUUAACUGGCUUGGCCUCAUCCGUGUUCAUUUUGUCAGAGCUCCUCAAACUAUGUGAAAAAUUCUUCUCCAGAGCCAAGCCAGCCCAGACUCACCCAGAAGACAUCUAGUGGACCGCACCUGUGUAAAAUCCCUAUUUUUACGUGACUCUGGCCCUUCCCCAGCCCCUCGUCGGCGGGGUGCUUUUAGGACACGGUGCGGCCGCCUCCCCCCUUCCCCCCGGCUCUGCCCCGGGCUCGAGGACGGGCUGGGAGCAGACGGCACAGAAACACCUCACUAUUUAUUAAACCACAGUGAUUUGUACGAACCU